GAACAACGAGGACACGUUCAAUUCAAUUGCCUUCUUUUCGUUUCUUCGCUGAGUCCCUCUGUAUCUCCUCCGCGACCUUCCGGAGGGGACCCUUCAAUUUUCGACGCCAACUCCAUCUGCCGCCCACUGAACUCAAUGCCUGCGCAAAAGCGUCCGCUCGAGAUGCCGACACCUCCUCCUUCGCCGCCGCAGCCGCCGGAGGAGGAGAAGCCAGAUGAUUUGCUCAAGGACAGCGAGAAUCAAACUGAGAACGCCGCCGAUUCUGACGAGAGUGACGAUUCUAGCGACGGCGAAAAUGAAGAAUUCAUUUCUGUGAACUUGGCGGAAAUACGCAAAGAAGUUCAGUGUCCAAUAUGUUUAGGUAUCAUUAGGAAGACAAGGACAGUCAUGGAAUGCUUGCAUCGCUUUUGCAGAGAGUGCAUUGACAAAUCCAUGCGACUAGGAAAUAAUGAAUGUCCAGCUUGUCGCACACAUUGUGCCAGUCGGCGAUCACUAAGAGAUGAUCCAAACUAUGAUGCUCUCAUUGCCGCCCUGUAUCCUGACAUUGACAAAUAUGAAGAAGAGGAAUUAGCAUUCCAUGAGGAGGAACAGGCUCGCAAUAAGCAAAUCCAAGCUACUAUUGCCCAGACAUUCCGUCGACAAGCUGAAGCACUAGGAAAGAAGCGAACAUCAUCCAGAGUCACUGCAGCUUCAUAUCUCCGGAGGCAGGACAAUUACAGAAACUUGAGAGGUCGAAGAAACCAUCGGGUUGCUGAACACCAAGGGUCUGAUGGGGAAGAAGGAGCAAAUGGGCAUGAUGGUAGCAAAGAUUCAUCUUCUGCUGACGAACGCACCCCUGAAGUUAAGUCAAGAAGAAGCAAAAGAUGGGGAACAGCUCGGGCUUCACAGAAAGUUUCUGGAUCCAAUGCAGAUGGAAGUUAUGUUGAUAAUGAAUCAGAAGGACCAAAUGGUAAUUCAGAAAUUCUACCCUGGGGAAAAGGUGGUAUGCGUAGUAACACCAGACAUGCCGGCCCCAGUUGGGCUAAUGGCAAUUUCUCCAGGAAUCGUCAAAUCUCAAAGCUAAUUACUCAUCUGAAAUCUUCAAAGGAAAAUAAUCAGUUCAACAUCGGCCUCACACUAGUUUCACUUGAGGAGAACAUACCCCGCCUGAAGCGACCCUAUCUCUGCUGCAGCCCAACAUUCACAGUUGCACACUUAUGCCUGUAUAUUGCCAUGCAGACAUCCAUGGAUGCUAGUGGAAUUGAGAUAUUAAUAGCAAAGGAUUUCCAACCUGGAAACAGUGGUUCCAGUUUCAACAACAAUCAUGGGAUCUUGAACCUUAGCGAAAAUGAGUUGCAGCUUUUGAAUGUACACCAGACGAUGCAGGAAAUUCAUGGGAGUUUCACUCGGCCGAAUUUGGUUCUAGCGUAUAGGAAAAAGGCUGAAGGUAAGGAAACUGCAACUGGCAAUGCUGGCGCCCUUUCGCCAAAGAAAGCUGCUCAAUCAUGAAGCAAUUGUAAGUCGGAUCCGGCGUAUAAACAAAAUAUGGAGAUUGUCGUUUUUUGAGAGCAUACUCAUACAAGCAACUAGAAACUACAAGUAGUUGAUGGCUUCCCCAUCCAAUAGUUUUAUAUAUUUGUUUGCUGGUCUUCACAUCUUUACUUUGACAAAUCUGCGAAGAUUUAUGUGGUACAACACCAAACUAGGAUUAAAUUACACCCAAUUAUAAUUACCUAAAAUUUAACUUA